AAAAGAGGAAAAAAAUGCAAGGAUGGGCAAAACGCUGGGUACAAAUAGACAAUGGAGUGUUGUCAUAUUAUGCACAUCCUCACGGACCUUGCCGUGGAACGAUAUAUAUUGCACUUUCUGCAGUAUCUUCUAAUGCAAAUUUUUGCUCAAUCAAUUUGGAUUCUGGAACUGCUACCUAUCAUUUGAAAGCACUUACAAAUGAAGAUUUUGAUGGAUGGAUGAAAAUCAUUCGUAAAUAUGUGAACAUAUCAAAAGAACUGCAGCUUAAUGAUCCAGAAUAUCCGAAAAUGACAUCUCCUCGCCAGUCCACGGAUUUUGAAAGGAGGCAAAGCAUGUAUAUUAAACGUCAAAGUUUAUUAUUAGAUAGAAGGAAUAGCCUUCAUAGAGAUCCACAAAGUUUUUUCCGACUAAAUAAUAAAUUGGACGAAGAUCUUGGAAAAAUAUAUGGCAUAUUUAAUAGUAUGGAUAAUGGGUUCAAGGACAUAAAAGAAAUAUUAGAUUAUUUUAAAAAUUCUGUCGAAAAUAUAACCUCUCCAGGACGCCAAAGUCCAAAUGUCGAAGGGAAAUUCCGAUUAAAAAAAUUCCCUCUUUCGUUACAGCGAGGUUCAACUACAUUAGAACAAUCAUCAUCAUCACAAACUUCAAUUCCAAUGUCACUGGAUCAAAUUUAUGAAAAGUUAUAUACCACAUUUUCAACUUUGAAAACGGAUAAAGAGCAAGCUUUUGAAUUCUUACGGGGCGAGAUUGAAAGAUGGAAACAACUUGAUAAUGCAUAUCGUAAACUUGUAGUUGAGCACGCAGAGUUACGAAAGAUUUUAUCUGACAGGCAACUUACAGAUGUCCCUGAACAAAUGCAACAAGAAGUGUUAUUAUCUGAAAAAUCUAGUACUGAAGAUAUAGGAGAAAUAAGGAAUAAUCGAGCUGGAUCAUUUAGCACAGUAAACACGGGUUCUGCUGAAGUAUUCUUUGAUGCUGAAGAUAUUGAAUUGAAAGAUACGACUGAUAGUGAUAAUGAGAUUAUUGAGGAUGAAACUGAAGAUGAAGCAGUUACUGAUGGUUCAAUUACAGAAGAGACGACUGAAGAGAAAUCUAUUGAUGAUGAUAAUAUUGAUGACAAAUCUAACAUUAACAGAUCGACGAUAAUUCGAAGGAGAAAAUGUUUACCAUCUCCAGUAUGCGGUGAGGAUGUUAGUCUAUUGUCUAUUCUUCGAAAAAAUGUUGGUAAAGAUUUAUCAACGAUAGCUAUGCCGAUAUCUCUUAACGAACCUCUUAAUGCCUUACAAAGAAUGGCAGAAGAGCUGGAAUAUAGUGAUUUGUUAGAUAAGGCAGCUACUUUUGAUGAUUCUAUUACUAGAUUGAUUUAUGUAUCAGCAUUUGCAGUUUCAGGAUAUGCAUUUACUCAAUAUAGAGCACUUCGAAAACCUUUUAACCCCCUUCAUGGGGAAACUUUUGAAUUAGUUCGGCCAGACAAAGGUUUUAAGUUCAUAUCUGAAAAAGUUAGCCACUAUCCACCUAUAAUGGCUUGUCAUGCGGAGUCAUCAAAUUGGCAAUUUUGGCAAGAUACAAAAGCUAAAACAAAAUUUUGGGGUAAAUCAAUGGAAAUUAUUCCAUCAGGCACAAUACAUGUUACUAUUCCAAAAUAUAACGACCAUUUUACAUUUUCAAAAACUACUACAUGGAUGCGUAAUAUGAUAUCUGGCACAAAAUAUUUGGAACAUACUGGAGUGAUGAAAAUUCAAAAUCAAACAACAGGAGAAGCAUGUGAUGUAACAUUUAAUCAAAGUGGAUUAUGGAGCAGCGGACCGAAAAGUGAGAUUGUAGGAGCAUUAUACAAUGCUAAAGGAGGCAAGUGUGGAAAGAUAGUAGGAAGAUGGACUGAAAUAAUAUUUCAUGAAAUAGGACAAAAUCAAUUAGAAGUUAUUUGGAAAGCCAAUCCUCCAAUACCAGAACAUGAGCAAUAUUAUGGAUUUUCGCAGUUUGCAGUUGAAUUAAAUGAGUUAACACCAGAUUUAGUUGAUGUAUUGCCAAAUACAGAUACAAGAUUUAGAUCAGAUCAAAGAUUAUUUGAAGAAGGUCAUUUGGAGAAAGCUGAAGCUGAAAAACUUCGUGUUGAACAAAAACAACGUGACUUUCGUAAAUAUUUAGAAAAAGAAGGUAAAUCCUGGGAACCACAAUGGUUUAAAUUUGAAAAUGGAGAAUGGGUUUAUAAAGGUGGUUAUUGGGAGACAAGGGAAAAUAAAUCAUUUGAAACGAAAGUUGAUUUGUGGUAGAGAAAAAAAAAAUUUAUAUUUAGCUAUUUAUUUAUAAAUAAAAAGACUUUUUAUAUUAUUAUUUAUGAGUCGAUCAUCUGACAAGCUAAUAUUUACCCGUCAUUUUUUGACCUUUGCAUUCGUUUCUAUUUUGAGUAAGUUUUAAUGGUG